AUGACAUUAACUGCAAAUGCGGGUGUUAAAAAAUCAUUCCGUGCGCGAGCAUGUGAGAAUUGCCGGCUGCGAAAGAUCCGAUGUGACAAGGAAUCGCCAUGUUCCAGCUGUAGCACUCUCGGGAUAGCAUGUAGCGCUAUUGGAUCUCCAAGCGCGUCUCAGAGUCAGCCUGGGCCUCAGCCUCGAGCUGCGUUAAACCAGUAUGAACACAAAAUCGACCUCAUUCAAGAACAACUACUAUCGCUGCAACGCACAGUGCAGGAUCUAGCCAGGCCGCCUGUUCCGGCUCCAACUCCAAACCCCCCGUCGUAUCAAGUCUCUUCAACGCCGGCAUUCGAGGGACAGUCGUCUUUUAAUAGUGAGACGCGUCUUGCGCGAGAUGCCGCGUAUUCGGCCGUUGCAGGGCUGCAGAGUGACAGGCCGAGUGAAGAUGUUUCGGCAGCACUAGCGUCGCUGAAACAUAGCUUGGAUAAACACAAUCCGGCGCAGCCGCAGGCCGCAAAGAAAGUGACUGAGUCUUCGGAAGAUCAGCUGUUACCGGUUGCUUUUGUUGUUGCUGUUGUUAAGAAGAUUAAAGCACAACCGCCAUUUUGCCUUGUCAGUCAUGCAUGGCGAGAUUAUUUGCAGAUCGAAUCUCUCUGCCAGUCGAUUUAUUUUCCGGCUGAUCCGAUCCCGGCUGGCUCGCUUACGCUUUUGCAUGGAUUGCUUUAUUUUGUCGUUCGUGAUUAUCUACACGAGGACGAUCCUGAUCUUGCCAAGUUUGAUGCCUCGACAUAUUGCAAGUUCUGCGAGGAUUGGUUUUCCGCUGGUCUAAAAAGUUAUGAAAUGAUGAUUGAUCCGACAUUGGAGAAGAUCCAAGCUCUUCUUCUUGGGGUGAUAAAAGCACAAGAAGAAUCCAACAUUCAGCUCUGCUGGACGUAUCUCGCAUUGGCGUUCAACAUGUGUCAGACCAUGGGAUUGCAUAGACGGAGUACUCUACAACACGAGUCCUUGGCUCUAGCCGAAACUAAACGCCAUGUAUUCUGGUCGUUGUAUACCGUUGACAAGCAUAUCUCUCUUAACCUUGGGGUUACUUCGCAUUUUCAGGAUCAUGAUAUUGAUGCGGAUCUGUUUACACCUUCAGACAAAGAACAACAGCGUCCGUGGGACUUGAUGACUUUUGUUAUCGUCGAGUUUUCGAGACUACAAGGACAAGUGUAUGACCGGUUAUAUUCUACGUCUGCUUCGAACGCAAGUGCAACCGAGCGAUCCGACACCAUCGAGAGACUAUCAAGCGAUCUAAUGGCAGUACGGGAUAAGCUACUAGCAAUCGAUGUCCGUCAAGGUCUCUACUCCGACUCUCUCCACGGGAUGGCCGCGUGUGCCGAUUUCAUCACUUAUUCCAUCUUAACCAUAAUCCACCGCGCCCAAACCCGCCCCAGCAACGCAAUGGCCAUAUCAACGGAAUGCUUCGACGCAGCUACACUAGCGUUACAAAGCCACCUUAAAUGCUUCGCGUAUUUUCGGGACCGCAAGAUCCACAAACAAGCCGAAUAUGUCAAUUGGAUCCUCCUCUACCCCUCCUUCACCCCAUUCGUCAUCGUCUUCACUCACGCCAUCACAACCGCCUCCCCAGACUCCCUCUCCCUUCUCCACGAAACAGUCUCCUCCCUAAACCUCAUCAAACGCCUGUCCCGCGCCUCCCUCCACCUCUACGAAAUCUGCACCGCCUUCGUGAAAACAGCACAAGCCCUCCUCGACUCCCGCCAAACCCUCACCGGCCUCGAACAGCAUCAUGACGGGUUGUUGCUUGCGUCGGCGGAUGCGGAUACGGGAGAUAGACAGGGGCUUAGUAUAUCGUUACCGGAUGUCACCGGGACGAUGGAAGGGGGGAUGGACGGGGGAUGGAUGAGUAGUGCUGGGAUUGAGAUGUUUCUGAAUGACUUUAUCGGAUCGAAUCGGUCUGCUAUGGGUAUUCUGGGAGAGGGAUAUUUAGGCUAA